UGUACAUAAUUUGUAGUUGGCGAAAGUUAUUGCUUCUUUUUUUCCCUCAAUUAAUUAACUCUGCAAAAAAGAUCUGAGCUCAACCAUGAAUGAAGGCAUGAUCGUCUGCGUCGCCGUCGUCGGCCACCAGAAUAAUCCGUUGUACAUACAGAGUUUUACCAAGGGGGAUGAUUCGCUCAAGCUUCAUCACAUCGUGCAUUGUUCUCUCGACGUCGUUGACGAAAGAGCGAACAACCCGAAAAGGUCUGGCCUUGUAACAAACGAGACAUUUCUUGGUUUGCUAAAUCCAACCGAAAACUACAAAGUGUAUGGUUAUUUGACCAAUACCAAGGUGAAGUUCAUAUUGGUAACAACUGAUCUUGAAGUUCGAGAUGUAGAUGCUAGAGUUUUCUUCGGGAGGUUCCACACUGCCUACAUCGAUGCAGUUUCAAACCCGUUUCACAUCCCGGGGAAGAAAAUAACAUCCAGAAAGUUUGCUGAAAGAGUUAGCACAAUGGUCAAGUCCUUUGGGUUAAGUUCAGGUGGCUGAAUGAUUUAAAGCCCCUCUUCUGUUGACAAAUUCACCUUGUAACUACUAAUACAUGUUGAUUUUCCGCAUCGUUGAACGUGACAACAUAAUCAGAAGCUGCGAGUUCAGACUUGAAUCUUUA